CGGAGCCAUGGAGCUCACAGGGCCGGAGCCCUCCCUGUACACGGUGAAGGCCCUCCUCAUCCUCGACAGCCACGGGCAGCGCCUCCUCGCCAAGUACUACGACAGCACCUUCCCCACAGCCAAGGCACGAGCGGCCUUUGAGAGGAGCAUCUUCAGGCAGAGCCAGCGGACGGGCGGUGAGAUCGCCUGUCUGGAAGGACUCACCAUAGUCUACAGGAGAAGCGUCGACCUCUUCUUCUAUGUGGUGGGGGGCUGCCAGGAGAAUGAGCUGAUGCUGUUGGCCGUGCUCACCUGCCUCCUCGAUGCCCUUGGCCACCUCCUGCGGAAGGAGGUGGAGAAGCGCUGGCUGCUGGACAACAUGGAGGGGACGUUCCUGGUGGUGGAUGAGAUUGUGGAUAGGGGGGUGAUCCUGGAGAGUGACCCCCAGCAAGUGAUCCAGCGGCUAAGCCUGCGGGUGAGAGCGGCCAUCCUGCACCAUGGCCUUCCUCUGCCUCCCACCACCUUCCUCUCCCUCCCGCCACCCUUCUCUGCCUCCCGUCACCUUCCUCCCGCCACCCUCCUCUGCCUCUCUCCACCGCAGGCCCCGGAGCCCGCGCCAUACGGCUUCGUGCUCUUCGAUUACCUGUCGGGCAGUUCGGAGCAGAGGGACACGAGGGACACCGGUGGCCCUGAAUAGUCAGAGCCAAGGAGGUUCCAACUCCUCCCUGUCUCAGGGUCCGACCAGUGCCCCAAAGCUCCCAAGCGCCGCGGCCUCGUGGGUGCUGGGGAUGCUCCCCAUGUCGGGGCACCCCUAAAGCCACGGCUCCCCUUCCCUCCCCCAGGCUGGCUGAGCAGAUUGAGUCCUGGGGAAGCUGUUCGUUAGCCUCACUAACGAGGGGUGGGCUGUGCAGCUUCACCCAGCACGAUGGAGAAGGGACUCACCCUGGGUCCCACCUCCAUUGUCACCCCAACACGGGGCCCCACACCCCCCAAAUUGCUCAGCAGGAGGUGUCCCCCCUCCCUGGCCGAGACAACCCAGUGUCCAGCCAGGAAGGGCGCCCCAAGGCCAGUCUGACCCCCUCCCUGGGGUCUCAUUCCAGGUCUCAUGGCCACCAAGGAACACAUGGUCACCCCUGCGGAUGCGACGGCUCCGGGGUCUCCCCGUGGAGGGGCUGGUUGGGACCCCAACUCCCAGGGAUGCUGGGGGGCAGGACCCACAGACCUUUCCCCACUGUGACCCCA